GUCAUCCACUUCACCGGCGAAUCUUCGUCGUUGCUUCCAGGAUCCACGCAGCCUCCGCAACUUCCACCUCCAUUUCACACGCGCAGCCGAAGGUCGUCGUCACGAGAGAGCGCGGCAAGAACGGCAAGCUCAUCGCCUCCCUGACUGGAAAUUUAGCUGUUUGUGCUGCGUUGGAUUUCUGGGUUCUACAUUUCGUAAUUGUACUCUGUUGCUGCCCUCUUUCUUGCAUUUUCGGAUUUGAUCUCCUGAAAUGUGAAUUACUCUGCAUUUACUGUUUGAGUGGUUGCUGCCAAAAUUGUGAAAGAAUUUGGAAUUGUUUUCGGGCUGCGGUUUAGCUUUGGAUUACCAGCUAGGUGUUCGAUGAAAUGCGAACGUGAUUGGCUGUUUGUGGCAUUUUGUUCUUCAGCAUUUGCCAAGCAGGGAAUCAGCUGUUUGGAGCUUCCACUCAUUGAGCAUACACGGGGGCCAGAUCUGGAUAGGCUUUCUACAGUAUUAAGUGAUACUACAUUUGAUUGGAUUGUCAUAACGUCCCCUGAAGCGAGUUCAGUCUUCUUAGAGGCCUGGAAGGCUGCUGGAACUCCAAAUGUUACGGUAGGGGUCGUGGGGGCUGGUACAGCAAGCAUAUUUGAGGAAGUAGUACAGUCAUCGAAGCGAUCCCUCAACAUUGCUUUUGUGCCAUCCAAAGCAACUGGCAAGGUCUUGGCUUCAGAGCUUCCUAAGAAUGGGAAUGAAAAAUGCACCGUUUUAUAUCCUGCUUCUGCAAAGGCCAGCAAUGAGAUUGAGGAAGGCCUGUCCAAUCGUGGGUUUGAGGUCACAAGGCUAAAUACAUACACAACGGAACCUGUUCAUCAUGUCGACCAAACAGUUUUAAAGCAGGCACUCUCCGCCCCUGUCAUAGCAGUUGCUUCUCCAUCAGCUAUUCGUGCCUGGGUCGGUCUUAUUCCAGAGUCAGAGCAAUGGAGCAAUUCAGUUGCCUGUAUUGGUGAGACAACUGCUAAGGCUGCUAAGAAAUUAGGCCUCACAAAUGUUUACUACCCAGCAAACCCAGGUCUUGAAGGGUGGGUGGGUAGCAUACUUGAAGCGUUGCAAGCAAAUGUGCGUCUGUAAAUUUGUAGGCAGUCUAUUUUUUUAAGGCCCAGGCAGGCUGACCAGGAGAUCGCCGGAGCAGAAAUUGAGGCAGCAAGAACUCACAAAUGGAAAGUUGAAUUUCCUAGUUUCUGCAUAAAGUAGCCGUAAAACGAGGAUGUAAUAUUUGCAAAGAGCAGGAAUGAAAGAUGUCAAGAUAUUCAACACCCCGAGGCGAUCAUAUUCAUUAGGCACAGCUUCUUUCUGGCCCGUGAAAUAGGCGAUUGGAUCAUAUGUGGAAAGAAAGCUUACUCUUGUAUAUGUAAACUUCGUUUGCUCAAUUACGCUGUGCAAGAUCAGUUUUGCUGCUUGUUUGACUGCAGUUCAUGUGUAGUAGCGAGGACACGAUUGUAAUUCUUUGUACAUUUUAUUCUUAUAAUCAAAGCUCAUGUUGAUUGUU